AAGAAAGAAGAAAAGAGAAACUAUAAAGAACUUGGGGAAGGGAGGAAGAAGGAAAAAAAAGUAAUGUUAAAAAAUUCAUCAAUAGCUGGAGAUUCAACUGCUGGAUUUUCGUGAAAUCUGGACAGCUUUAUGAGGACAAACAAUGGCUUCGUUUUAUCUGGUUGGAUCGUUGUUUUGAGUUUCGGUUUCUCCGCAAUCGUCGAUGAACUACAAAGGGUUUGAAAAUUCGGAAACCAGAACACGUUGUGGUAUUUUGAAGAUUCCGAGCAUUAGAAAAGUAAUCUGAAGCUGAAAUUUUGAUGUUAGUACAAAAACAUGUUGAUUAACAACUUUCGUGAAGGAUGUUUAUGCUAAAUCAAGCUGGAAUUGUCAAAGACAUAGAAAACCGAGACUACACGAAAAAUUAGAUGAAACGGAGCAUGAGUAUUUUGGAGCUUAUUUCGAGCUGUUCAAGAGUUCUCAAUGCUUAAAAUUCAGAGUGGAGUAAUUGAAACAUUUUCUUCAAAAAAGUUGUAGAGCAUCGAGCAAGAAAAAAAUUUGGUGACUUUCUGGAAGAAUCCCGAAACUGGAAAGGUUGUCAAAUGGAGAUUAGUAAGGUGUGCAGAUUUUCUUAAAAACAGAGCAAUCAAGAAUUUAAUCAAAAUUCCGAGUCAUCUGAGGCAAUUCGUGAGCGCUAACUUAUUGGGUAAUUUAGUUUGGCUGUAGUUAAAGAUUUUUGUGAAAUAAAUUAAGUGAUUUUUCAGUUUGAUUGAUCAGAAUAGAAAUUGGAAAAUUCUGCAACUCUUCGUCAGAAAAACAGAGCACCAUGAAAAUAUUGAUUGGUUUUGGACGUUGUAGAGUGUUUCAAGGCUCCAAAAUUUGAGGUAAGGAAGUUUAACAUAUAGGUAAGAAGUUUGUAUAAGUUAUUUCGAGUGUGUAUGACUGAAAGGAGAGAAAUUGGUCGUUGAAGUGUCGCUCGAAGAUUGACGGAAAUUUCAAGAAAAUGGAAAAUGUUUGGCUAGAGGUUGAAGAUGAUGUCUGUCAUCUUUGUUCGUCAUUGAAGGGUUAAAACUAUUGACUUUUGGUUUGAUUAUCAAUUAAAGAUUGAAUUUGCAAAAUUAAAGACUAAUUCUGGAUUGUUGAGCUUAAUUAUUGACUGGAUUGGUAUAAAUAAGAUACUUUGGGAUUGAAAUUGAAUUAAUUUUGGGAGAUCAAAGUAAAUUAAGAUAAUUAGAAUGACUUAAUUAUAGAAUAACCCUAAAUUGGAUGAAAUUGAGGUUGUUGGGAAUUGAAUUAACUAAGAAAAAUGGUUAUGCUUGAAGUAGUUUGGAAUCCAAAAAGGUAAGACUCUAAUUUUGGGUAAAAAUUUAGAGUUAGUUUGGAAAUUGAUUAUAGUUGAAGGUUUUUUGGACCAAUUGGAGACCAAUAGAAGAAUUAUCAAACUAAAUUGAGAAGAAUUGAAUUUUAAAAGGACUAGAAUCAAAGGAGAAGUGGGAUAAACUAUUAGUGACCUUUAAUUAAUUUAGAGCACUCUUGAAUACUUUUAUGCAUAUAUUUCCUAUUGAACAUGCUUCUAUGAAUUUGAAUGAUUUGAUUGAAAUGAUUAUAUAUUGAUCGUGAAAUAUGUUUUCUAUGAAUAUAUUUUUGUGAAUUUGAAGGGUUGGAUUGAAAUGAAUAUGUUUUGAAUACGAGUUCUUAUGACGAUGUUCCUUGAUUGUUUACAAAACUUGGAUUUUAAUGGUAUUAUGAUAAAUAACUCAUGGGUUGGGAAAAGGAAGAGACAGUCUCAAUAACAAACUUCUUUGUUAUGAACAUCUAAUCUCAUCAAAAUGACUCACACACACAUUAAGCAACUUUAACCUACUUCUGCUCUGUUUUCUUGAAUUGAGACGAUGAAGGAAGAAGAUAAAGAAGGAUCUGCAAUGGCUGUGGAAGUUAAUAAUCGAUCAAGGCAGGCUGGUUCCCUUUUAACACAAAAACAAAGAUGAAUAGAAAAAAGUCAAAUUCAAAUAGUUGGGUCGAUUUCAAGUCAGCACAAAAGUCAAGGCUUGUUUGGAAUAAAGCAGCAGAAAAGGAAUUAUUCCCCAUCAAAACUCAAGAGAGAGAGAAGAAGAAGAAAAAUUUCAGUCUUACGCGCCUCAGAGAAAGAAUGCUCCUCUUGCCUUUUCAUUUGGCUCUGUUUUCGACUCUGAGUUCUGUUUCUAGUUAAUGGAGCUUUUGAAUCUUCUUCAUUCUCCUCAUUUCUCUUCUCUUGACGCCCUUCAUGGGUUUUAUUCCUCUUCCACUCUGCCUACUCCGAUGUUGAAACCUCGUUUGUGUGGUGUCGUCGAAGAAGCUUCUGGCGGCGACAGUGGUGAUUUUGUUUAUGUGGCUGUUGGCAAAUCAGUUGAGAAGUCUACGAGUUUGCUUAGGUGGACUUUUCGUUGUUUUGGUGAUAAAGAAAUUCGACUCCUCCAUGUUCAUCAGCUCUCUUCUGUUAUACCCACGCUACUGGGGAAACUACCUGCAAGCCAGGCGAAUACGGAUGUGGUGGCUGCAUAUAGGAAGAAGGAGUGGGGACAAACAUCUCAACUUCUUGAAAAUUACUUGGGAUACUGCCAUAGAGCCAAGGUCAAAGCUGGUAUCGUUAUGAUGGAAGCUGAACAAGUUCAGAUAGGGAUUGUAGAUUUGGUUAACAAACACAAAGUUAGGAAGCUUGUCAUGGGGACUAUGGCAGAUAGUUGUGUGAGAAUGAAAGUAAAGAAGAGCUCUAGUAAAGCAGAUUAUGCUGCUAGAAAUAUCCCUUUGCCAUGUGAGAUAUGGUUUGUCGACAAAGGGAACCAUAUUUGGACCAGAGAAGCUGUUGAAGGAUCAUGUUCUGCUUCACCAUCGUUGCUGCGCGAGCUGGCUAUCACAAAAGAAAAUUGUUCACAGUCAUCUCUGGUUGAUAACAGUCACUCAUUCAACCAACAAUAUUCUCAUUCUAGCUCUGCCAAUGGUAUAAUUGAAGGCUUCAAUUGCAUUGAUAAGGAACCCUUUCAUGUAGAAGGUGUUAUGUCGAGUUCUUUGGAUAUACAUUUCACAUACCCUUUGCGGAUUUCUUCUAGUUCAGCUAGUACGAGCUCUGAUUCAGGAUAUUCAUCAGUUGAAGGGAGGGAACCAACAAGCUCUGAUUCAAAGGUUGAGGAAAGGGGUUUAAAUGGUGAACUUAAAGAUGCCAUUCUAGAAACAGAGGCAUCAAGGAACGAAGCAAUUGCGAUGCAUUUAAUAUGUAGAAAGAUGGAACAAGAAGCUGCAGAAUCUAUAAAAAAGUUCAAGGUCUUCAAAUGUGUCAAUGAACAUGAAAUUGAUCUUAGGAGAGAGACUGAGGAAUUGUUGAGGACUAUUAUAGAGAAGAAACAAACUCUCUCAGAAGAAAGAACUGAAAUACACGAGGAGCUAGAGAGCACCAUGAAAACUCUUGCUCUUCUUGACAGUCAGGCACAGGAAGUAAAUCAGAAGCAUGAAGAGGCCACUGCAGAACUAAGAAAUAUACAAGCAUCAAUUGCAGCUCUCAAGAAGGAAAAGCAGACAAUGCAAAGCCAAAAGAUGAAUGCUCUGAAUUGGCUAUCCCAAUGGAAAAGUCAGGAGGCUUCAUUGGAAAAUUAUAAUGCUUCAAUCAGAGUUAUGGAGCACCAAACUCAGCUGAUUGAAUUUACAUUCUUGGAAUUACAGAUGGCCACAUGUGACUUCUCUGAAAGCUUCAAGAUUUCUCACGGAGGUUAUGGUUGUCUUUAUAAGGGUGAAAUGUUGGGUAAGACAGUUGCUAUAAGGAAGUUGCAUCCACAUUAUAUCCUGGGUCCAGCAGAGUUUCGUGAAGAGGUUGAAGUAUUGGGUAAACUACAACACCCUCAUUUAGUGACAUUGCUUGGCGUAUGCACAGAAGCAUGGUCCCUAAUAUAUGAGUACUUACCCCAUGGGAACCUCCAAAGUCACCUUUUUCAAAAAGGCAACACUCCUCCAUUGACGUGGAAGACUCGAGCACGAAUAAUAGCUGAAAUUGGAAGUGCCCUUUGUUUCUUGCACUCUUCAAAGCCUGAAAAGAUUGUCCAUGGAGAUCUAAAGCCCGAAAACAUCCUUUUAGAUUCUGAAUUCAUCUCCAAAAUAUGUGAUUUUGGUAUUUAUAGGCUAGUAUCUGAAGAAACACUAUACUGCCCAAGUUUUAGGCGGAGCACUGAACCAAAGGGUGCCUUUUCACAUACAGAUCCAGAAUGCCAACGAGAUGGAGUUCUGACACCCAAAUCUGACAUUUACUCCUUUGGACUGAUCAUUUUGCAGUUGCUCAGUGGAAAACCAAUAGUUGGACUAGUAAUUGAGUUGCGCAAGGCCAUUUCAUUUGGUCGGCUCGAGUCGGUUUUAGACUUAUCGGCUGGGGAGUGGCCUAUAGACGUUGCAAGGAGGUUAGUAGAUAUUGGUCUACAAUGUUGUGAACUGAAGGGCAGUGAUAGACCUGAGCUCACACCUACUAUCGUGAGAGAAUUAAAACAACUCCAAAACUUUGAGGAGAGGCCUGUCCCAUCUUAUUUCUUGUGCCCCAUCCUCCAGGAGAUCAUGCAAGAUCCACAAGUGGCAGCAGAUGGCUUCACUUAUGAAGGAGAAGCGAUACGUGAAUGGUUUAACAAUGGUCGAGAAACUUCUCCGAUGACAAAUUUGAAACUCAGCCACUUGCAUCUCACUCCAAAUCAUGCUGUGCGUCUUGCCAUUCAAGAUUGGCUUUGCAGAGUUUGAAAUGUCCUCUUAUUUAACAAGUCUAAAUGUGAUUUAUUCAGAAAGAGACUGAAUCAACUGUUUUAGCUAGCAACAACUUUCAUAAUUUAGAUUAAUGUGAUUUUAUGUUCAGAUUUUACGCAAGUGCAUAGAUAUGAACAUACCAUCUAUACAAGUAGGCAUUAAUGUGGAACCACUUGAGCUAUUUAAAAGUCAACUGGUUUCAGUUCUUUA